AUGUGUCAACGAAUGGCUGAUGGAACGCGUUGGUUGAAGUGCAUGCAUUUUCAACGCCACAUGAUCACUGCCAUCGUGGAUUGCAACUCCCGACGCUGUACACGGAGCCUAAGGCAUCCACGGGAGUGUCGCCAGCCGACCUGUUUACAGGUCAGGAACUUUGGCGAAGAGAUUCAGAGAGAUAUUGAUAAAGUUGACGAGUACUGCUUUGCAUGCCGAGCAGCCCAAGCUCGCGCUGCGCGCGACGCUGCUGCCGCUUCUUCAUCGUAA